CAUCACCACUGCCAAUUGAGAACGAUAAUUUUCAUGCAUCAGAAGGAGGUUGGGGAAGGGACUUUUGUAUAUGAAGUGGAAGGAACAAAACAACCCAAGAACAGAAAGAAGUUGACCGCUGGAAGAGGGGCCAAUGUACUGACUGAUAGUGUUUCCCAUUUGCCAGAUCAGGGCAGGUCUUAAGCCACAGCAGGGGAAAAUACCAGCUUUUUCUCGUUUUUCUCAUUCCCCGCUCAUGCUGCUGGCUGUUGCGCUGGCAGAUCCACAUCCAAUAAACCCGAGAUCAUCGACGAGCAUUGUGCAGCGGAGGACGCAGGUCUUUCUUCUUUUGUCUUUGUUUAUCGUGGUUUGUUUCUUGUCUAUCUCUUCAUCCGCACGCUAUCUGUGGGGGAGCAACUACAACUUCCUUCGGUUUUCCGGCAGUCAGUCGGCCGAUUGCAUCUCGUGCUCUCGACAUGUGAGACGGGGAUAA